ACGCGCGUUUGGUCAUGUUUUGAAAUAUUUUGUGCGAGUCGUCAGGGGAUUGUUGUUGUCCGUUUCCUUUGGGAUUCAGACGGAGAAUGAACCAUUUAUGCUCACCGUUUUGUGCUUUUCUUCAACAAUAAGAGGGGCCAUCUGUUCAAGACUGCACGUUUGGGUGAAAUAAUGCCAAUAGAAAGGAUUCGACUUUACAACGAUUUCAUCCAGUGAAACCUGUAAUAUUAUAGAAAGAGCAGCUGUGAAAGAUAAACACAAUGCCAACCAAAGUGCCGUUCAAAGUCAUCCAGGCCUCCAGCCAAGAUGAAGGGUUUAGUUCUAAAGAACUGGAGACCCACGCACCUACAGUCAACGGCUGGGUCACAUCCAGGUUCUGUCUGUAUCCUCAGGAGUUGGUACUAAAGCUGAAUGAACGGGUCAGAAUAAGGAAACUUCAGCUGCUUUCACACCAGUACUUGAUAGCUACCAAAGUGGAGUUCUUUGUAGGUGAAGGCAACAGAGAUUCAUUAGGAGCAUUACAUGGGAACAACUUUAGUAGAUUAGGUUAUGUCUCUCUGUCUGACAAUGAGAAGACUGGGUACAGGGCGCGGGAACUGAAGUCUGUCCAUGUGGACUGCUACGGGCAGUUUAUCAAGAUCAUUCUGCACAAAAACUACAUCAAUAGAUUCAACCUCUUCAACCAGGUUGGCCUUGUUGCAAUUAACAUAAUUGGUGAGAACAAAGAUCCUCAUGUGCAAGAAAAACCGCUGCCAACCAAGAAGAUUUCAUUCUCUGAAUUGCAGCCUGUCAGUUCUGAAUACACAGACCCUGCCAUGUGGGGGCUCGUCAACAGACCUGACUACAUCUCUCCAAUGGAUGAUCUGGCCUUUGACAUGUACCAGGAUCCAGAGGUAGCCCAGAUCAUCAGAAAACUGGAUGCCAAGAAGGCAGAGGCUGUGCGACAGGAGAGAUAUGACCAUGCAAAGAAACUGAAGCAAGCUGUGGUAGAUCUGCAAAAGGUUGGGGAGAGACUUGGGAAGUAUGAGGUAGAGAAACGGCGGGCGGUGGAGAACGAGGACUAUGACUUGGCCAAGAUGAAGAAGGUUCAGAUGGAGGAGUACCGACUCAAGGUGUACCAACAACUGGAGCUGCACAACCUGCUGGACAAUAAGCCUACCAGACCCAGGAAUGAGCCACCCCCUCCGCAGCCCAGGCCACCCCCACGUGAGCCAGACCCCCCUCCCCCUCAGCCCAGGACACCACCCCCUCCAGCUCAGGACCAAUCCCCACGCAACAGAGAAAACCCUGCUCCCAACCAAUCAGGAGAGGGUUUACAGGAGCCAGUGACACAACAAUCCUAUGAAGAGAGACCCAUCCCAACACUGAGAAAACAACCAGCAGCAGCAGCACCUGACCCUGAGCCUGACUUCUACGCCACGGCAGCCGAGCCAGAGGACACGCAGAUUUCCCCUCGUGAGGAGGAACCAGAACCCAUGUCUGAGAAGAACAUGCGGGAGGCCAGCGCUGUCAUUGACGUGUACGGACUUCCUCUGGUUGCUGGAGCAUACUCCAAGAACUGGGCCCACCGUGAAGACGCCUUGUUGAAGGUGUAUAAGGAGAUGACUGAGAUGGGAGCUGACACACCCAGGGAUCAGUGUAAAUCCAAACUCAGGGCAGCCAUCUUUCUGGUGCAGAGGUCAAUCAAGGACAAAGUCUUUGCUGUGUUCAGUGCAUCACUCAAACUUCUGAAAAUGAUCCUUGAAGACUACAUACCCAAGCACAAACUUGGGAAGGCUGACAUUACUUACUGUGUGGAUAAGACCAUGCCCAACCUGCUGGCAAAGACAGGAGACUCUGCUGCCAGACAGAGAGUAGCAGCUCUGAACUACAUCCAGGACAUGGCUCAGUUUAAGGAUGUGAAGCCCACCCACCUGGUGCCCCACCACGCCACUCAGGCCUUCAAACUGACCAUUCCGGCCAGACUGGCCCUCAGCAGGGUGGAGCUGGUCGAACGGCUACUCAAGGACCUGGGGCUGGAGAAAAACAGUGGCCUGACAGUUGACAGUGUCAUGAAGUUUGUGGUGCCAGCGCUGGACCAUACUGCAGGAGAGGUGCGCGAUGCAGCAGUGAGGGUCAUACUGGACCUGUACAAGGCUGUGGGCACACCAGUCAGGGACUACCUACCACCUGACGACCAGGCCACCAGGAAAAAACCUCUCUACAAAAACAUCUUCGACAGUUUUGACAGAAUUGAUGGGAAGCCAACGGAAGCAGAGCUCAAGGCCCAAAAGCAGGCUGCUGAGAAAAAGAAACAAGAGGAGAUUGAACAACUCCAGGCACAGAUAGCUCAGCUGAAAGAUCUCCAGGCAAACAUUGGGAAGGAGGACGAGGAAGGGGGCCCCUCAAAAGGUCAGUUGGACUUGAGCCGACAAUCCACCACCCUCUCUAACACAAACAGCAAAGUCCCCCUCGGGGACAUCAACAUACAGAUUAACGUGGUGCAGAAAGAUGAAGGCAAAGAGGAACAGAAGAUCAAACCCCCCACCACCCACUCCAAGCACCGCCCCCCUCCCCGAGAGAAGUCCACCCUCAACGCUCCGUCUGAGGCUGGGGAUGACGUGUCUUCUCUCAUGGAAAAAAUGGCUUCAAUUGCCUCUAGUAGGAGGGGUUCAUAUCUUGAGGAGGAUAGCAUGUGUAUCUUCUGUGGUGAGAGGAAUGAGUCAUUUACAGAAGAAGGGCUGGAUCUGCACUACUGGAAGAGCUGCCCCAUGCUGCGCAGGUGUCAACACUGUAAACAGGUUGUUGAGAUUGCAGGGCUGACAGAACACCUUCUGACAGAGUGUGACCAGAGCGAUAACUUCCAGCAGUGUCCCCGCUGUACGGAGGCUAUACCUAAGGAAGAGUACGACGAACACAACAGGCUGAAACAGUGUGUUGUUGCCAAGCCAGAAAAGGUGGCCAAUCACUGUCCCCUGUGUCAUCAGAACAUUCCACCUGGAGAGGAGGGUUGGAAAACUCAUCUUAUGGGGAAGGAUGGCUGCAAGAACAAUCCCCGCAGAUUGCAGGCUCUAGAGAAGAAAGGAGGAAGAGCUGGAGCAGGGAUUAAGGGGAAGGCAGCAGCCAAGAGCAGACAGCAGGCUGGCAGCAGGGUCGGGGUCAGAGGGGGGAAAGUCGGGGGGAAGACUCCCAGAGGGAAGUGAACAUGAAAAAGGAGUCCCCAUAGUUUAUCAAUGAACUUCUCAUUCACUUGGCUAUGUUUAACAUGCAGUGGUUUCAAAGUUGUAU